UUCCACCAUUGUUUUGCUUACCACAAAGAAACACACAUGAUAAAAUUUUUUUGAAUGUAAUGAACAAUUUCGUUAGCAUUUUCAAUCAAAUUUUCACGGCAAAACAAAACCACCUUAAAGUUGGUUGCUACAGCUGGGACUAUUUCUUUACGCCAUGUUGGCGCAGGAUAAACGAUAUCUCUUCCAUACUUUUGCAAUGGGCUCAAAGGUGAUAUCUAGUGCUAAGGAGUUUUACAGUAUUCUUCGGUCUUUUCAAGAUGAGGAAAGCAAUGAUCCAUGUACAUACGAGGAGGACAUCCAAAUGUUAAAGAUGAAUGGAGGCAGAAUCCCUGUGCUGAAUAUGUACUAUGGCAACCAGCCAGUCUUCAUCUGUGAAAAAGCUGUUCCAAAAAUAAAUGAACCUGAUGAUCAACAAAUGACUGAAACAUCAAACUGCACUGAUGCUGAUGAUGCUGAAGAUGAUGAUGCCAUUGCACUCCAGACAGAACUGGGCCCCGAGCCGCUCACAAUCAUGAAAGCAAGGCAGUUGCUGUCUUGGUACACAUUAUCUCAAAAUGCUAACGUGUCAGCUGUGAAUGACAACCCUGCCUUACACCCUCUGUGGGUGCGAAGUGACAUGUCUGAUCCAGCUGGAACAACCUGGUUUGGAGCUGAAACAGUCUGCAUGGGCAAUAAAGUAUCUGGUGUCAAAUUAUACUCUGUUACCUGCAAAGGCUCAACUGUGGACAAAAGAUCUCUCAUAACCUUGGACGAGCUUAAACAAGAGCACAAGAAAAGGCAUCACCUAUCCCCGAUUGUGAUUAAAGGCAGUGCCAGGUUCACCUUGUUUGGUUCCACUGUUGUUGAAAACACCAUGAUUGAGUCACAGAGUAGUGUGACAGUGGAUUUCAAAUGGAGCCAUGUGGAGAGUAUUCUUGAGACCCCACCCCUGUCCUCUACAGCAACACUGAAUAUCAAAGUUGCCAGCGGGGACAUGAGGAGCCCAAUGUUCGAGAUGUACAGGGAGCUAGAGUUUCUUCAGACUCUUGCAGAUGGUUUGAGAACUGGUGAGACUGAAUGGAUGGAACCGUUGGAAAGCACAUCAGCUAUACAUCUCAUCAAGGCCUUCCUAGAAGAGCUUCAGAGCACUUCAAAGACACUACCGGACCAGGCUGCAAAAAAAGCUGAGACCACAAAGCUGAAGCCUGAGACGGACACUCCCAUUUUCAACUCUCUCUUGGAACGAGGCGAUUUGGAUUUUGUGGAGCAGCUGUGGGUUCGGAUGAGAAAGAGUGUGACUUCAUAUCAAGACAUCGGAGACUGCCUGAAAUUGGUCAUUGAAGCUCUAAGAUAUGGUGACAUCAAACCCUGGAUUCACAGAGACAGCAGCAGCUCCCUCAGCAAGCUCAUCCUGCAGUCCUACCACCAGCAGAUCGAUCACGUGUCUCUCACAGGUGUCACCCCUGUCCACAUGCUGCUAGAGAUGGGUCUGGACAAGAUGAGAAAGGACUACAUUAACUACCUUAUUGGUGAAGAAUUGACAACUCUAAACCACUUGUGUUAUUACCUGAGCACAGAGGUUGAUCUGCAAGAGCAAGUGAUCCGACUCAGAAAACUGCACCAUCUGCUGGAAAUAAUUGUGACCUGCAGUACUUUCCUGGGUUUGCCCUACGACCGGCUCUUCCUUCUCACACAAUCAUGUUUGCAGCACUACAAAACAUACCCAUACGAUGAGGAGCAUGAAUUCAAACUGCAAAUCAAACCAGCGCUGAUCAGCCAUUUCUACCAGAAAGAGCACCCAGUAGUGUGGGGGGUUGAAGUUUCCAGUGGCCACGGCCCUCGUGAGGUCAGGACAUCCUUACAGCUCAGUGACAGACCCCUGAUUGAUCAUGUCAUCUUUGAAACAGAUUACCCAAAUGAAACAGUGAAUGGGGACAGUGAGGAUCCCGCCUUCUUCUCCACCAUGGUGUGCUGCAGUCUCGUCAACUUUGCAUGAAUUUACACAGAGCACAAUGUAACAACAAAGGAGGUGUUUAUUGUCAUGUUUGAUAUUCUCAUCAGCAAUUAACACGUUUUAAAAUGGAAGAAGAACGAGCCAGAUGACCUUUAUACUGCAUCACAAAGUGUACAGGGACCACUAAAGGGCUUUCUGUAAUAUACUGUAUUGUUGUCAAAUGUUUUAAAUGAACAACUUUCAGUCCUUUGUAUGUAUGUUCUGUGACGCUGUCAUGGGUUUUCUAAUCGCAUCUUUAUUAUCACAUUUUCUGAAUUUUUGUUCAGUGUAGCAGUUAAAAGACAUUUUGAAGAGUUUUUUUGCCAAACAAAUGAACCAAAUGAAAACACAAAGUACAAUAGAUCACAAGGGCAGUUUGCAAUGGUAAUAUUCCACAGCAAUAUUGUAAUAAGAAAAUCCAACAUGUUGCAGGGCUGUCCACACUGUUUGAGUGCCUGGUACUAAAUUCAUUAUUAUUGGCUAAACCAAUGUUUUUACAGCAAACACUGUAUGCACAUCAAAUUAAUGAAGUCACUAAUUUCUCUUGAAAUUCAGUUCAAAUACUGUAUUUAUGUUCACACAUGAUCCAUUAAAGAUGCCCUUACAAUAUGAGCGUGUGCGUGUGUGUA